AUGGCUCGUGGCUUCGCUAUCACCCUGCUCGGCAUGCUGCUUUGUGCAACGGUCGUUUCCGUCGCUCGCGCUGAUGGCGAAGCGAGCCGUGGCGGUGGCGGUGGCGGCCGAGGCGGUGGUGGCGGCGGCGGCGGUGGCAACGGUGGUGGCAACGGUGGUGGCAACGGCGGUGGCGGCUACGGUGGCGGCGGUGGCGGCGGUGGCAACGGUGGUGGCAACGGUGGUGGCAACGGCGGCGGCGGCGGCGGUGGCUGGAAUGGUGGUGGCAAUGGGGAUCCCAUCAUGACCAGCUUUGACGGGCACACCUUCGAGUUCUUCGGCAAGGUCGGCGCCUACUACAACGUCAUUUCUGAGAAGCAGCACCAGAUGAGCAUGAAGCUGAAGCUGGGGCAGAUGUGGGACCACAACGGCACCUACAUGGAGGGCGUCGGCUUCCGCUACCAGGACCACAAAGUAAUCGUGGAAAUUGGUACAGGCGACAACAUGCACGUGUACCUGGACGGCGAGCGCCUGCACAUGGCAGUGGGCGAGAAUGAGCAGGAGCACAUUUUGGGCCUGGCCUCCGGUGAGCUGAUGGUGACCUGGCAGAUGCACCGCCCCGACGCCGGCCAGGCCGUCGAGAUUAUCACCGAUUUGCUGUCUGUGAUCGUCUACCUGACCCCUGCCGGCACUCGCGAUGAGGGCGGUGUCCCCCAGCCGGCCUACCUCAACUUUGAUGCUGCCCUGCUCGGACCCCCUGCUCACAGCCUCAAGGGCCUUGUGGGAGAGGGCUACCAGCGCCUGGUGGCCGGCGCGGCCGAGACAGACGACUUCAAGUUCCACGGCGAUGAGGACAAAUUCCGCAUGGAUGGCUAUUUCGGGACAUCCCACGUGACUAAUGCAUUUGGCGUCGCAUCGGGCUCGGCCGGCUUCGGCCGCAGCCGCCGCCUGAUUGAGUCCUCCGGCGUGGCGUUCCCUCUGCGCGCCGCCGGCGGAGGAAGCUUCCCGGCAGCCGCCACCCGGCCGGCCGCCGCCGCCGCCGCGCUCGGCCGCAAGGCCGGGAUCUAG